GACGCUGUAACCCCGGCCAGCUGGCAAGAUGGCUGCGCGCAUAGGGUUGGUGAAACAACUCCACUGUGCAUUUUUAAACACGAAAUUAAGUACAUUAUCGACAGGCUCAAGAAGAUAUUCGUCGCGAUCCUAUUCGCAAGCUAAUAAAGAGUUCACAUCUAAAAGAGUACGACAGACGUUUAUCGACUUUUUCAGGGUGGGUUACGAACACAGAGUGGUGCCGUCCUCCCCCGUGCGUCCGAGGGGAGACCCGAGCCUCCUGUUCGUCAAUGCAGGAAUGAACCAGUUUAAGCCCAUUCUCCUGGGCUGCGCAGACCCCCGCAGUGAGAUGGCAUCAUACCGGCGGGUGGUGAACAGUCAGAAGUGUGUCCGUGCUGGAGGCAAACACAACGACCUAGAGGAUGUGGGGAGGGACGUGUACCAUCACACCUUCUUCGAAAUGCUGGGAAACUGGUCAUUUGGAGAUUAUUUUAAGGUGGAGGCAUGUGCAAUGGCCUGGCACCUUUUAACAGAAGAAUACGGCAUUCCUGCCGAACGCCUAUAUGUCUCGUACUUUGCUGGAGAUGCAGCGAGUGGUCUCCCUGCCGACGAGGAAACUCGGCAGAUCUGGCUCAGCAUGGGAGUACGGCCAGAUCAUGUAUUGCCGUUUGGAAUGAAGGAUAAUUUCUGGGAAAUGGGCGAGAUGGGACCAUGUGGCCCCUGCACUGAGAUUCACUAUGAUCACAUUGGGAAUCGGAAGGCAGCCUCGCUGGUUAAUGCGGACACUCCAGAUGUGGUGGAGAUCUGGAAUCUAGUAUUUAUGCAGUAUAACAGGGAGGGGGAUGGCAGUCUGCGAGCUCUGCCCCAGUGCAGUGUGGACACUGGGAUGGGUCUAGAGCGACUGGUGACUGUGCUACAGGGGAAACGUUCCAAUUACGACACAGACCUCUUCACACCUCUAUUGUCUGCCAUCCACCAGUGCUCUAAGGCUCCUGCAUAUCAGAGCAGGACCGGAGAGGCCGAUGAGCGUCGGGUGGACAUGGCCUACCGGGUCGUGGCGGACCACAUUCGCACGCUCUGCGUGUGUAUCGCUGACGGAGUUUACCCAGGCAUGAACGGUGCUGAGUUGGUGUUAAGGCGUAUACUGAGACGUGCCAUGCGGUUUUCUGCAGAAGUGCUGCAGGCACCUGAGGGUGCGCUGGCAAGCCUGGUGCCUACUGUAGCACAUAUACUGGGUGAUGCCUAUCCAGAGCUGCACACAGAGUCUGAGAUGAUCAUGGAUCUGAUUAAUCUAAACGAAGCCCAGUUCCUGUCCUCACUGAAGCAGGGCAGGAGGGUGAUUGACAGAACUCUGAGCAUUAUGGACAGAGACACAGCUGUUUUUCCAGCCUCAGUUGCCUGGUCGCUGCAUCGUAACCUGGGCUUCCCUCUCGAACUCAUUGAUCUGAUGCUGGAGGAGGGAGGCAAGAAGGUGGAUAAAAAAGAAAUGGAGUUUCUUGAAGAUGAAUACGAGAAGUUGAGGUGUCAGUCGGAGGAGGAGGAUGGCAAAAGAGUGGACCAGCUGGAUGUCCAUAGUCUAGCAGAGCUGCAAAACCAAGGAGUUCCUCACACAGAUGACUCGCCGAAAUACUGCUACACCUUGGGGCCGGAUGGACGAUAUGUAUUUCAACCUUGCAGAGCAUCAGUUGUGGCACUAUACACAGGAGGGUCUCUUGUGUCAGAGGUGGGUGAGGGUCAGCGCUGUGGUGUUAUUCUGGACCGGACCAGCUUCUACGCAGAGCAGGGAGGACAGGCACAUGACCAAGGCUACUUCACCAAGGAAGGACUACAGGAUGUUCUGUUCCCCGUAGAGUGUGUCCGCCUGGUGGGGGGUUACGCUGUACAUCAGGUCACUGCAGCAGAGACUGUAAGAACUGGAGAUCAAGUGCAGCUUCAUCUGGACGAGGCUAGGCGUCUGGGCUGCAUGGUGAAGCAUACUGCCACACACAUUCUAAACUUCGCUCUGCGAGAGCUGCUAGGUCCUUCUGUUAACCAGCGAGGCUCUCAUGUUACCGCCAAUCGCCUCCGCUUUGACUUCAGCGUCAAGGGUUCUUUGAGUGUGUCUCAACUGCAACAAGUUGAGGAGUUGGUGCAGAACAUUAUUAAGCAAAAUGCAGACGUGCACAUAGAGGAGGUCUCUCUGUCCAGAGCGAAAAAGAUUGCAGGACUGAGAACAGUAGAUGAGGUGUAUCCAGACCCAGUGCGAGUGGUGUCCGUGGCUGUGCCUGUUUCAGAUCUGCUCACCUCAAACAAAGACAAACACACUUCUGUGGAGUUCUGCUGUGGCACGCAUUUAUUGCGGACAGGACAAAUUAUGGAUCUUGUCAUCGUGUCUGAGCGACAGAUAGUGAAAGGCAUCAGCCGUAUCAUUGCCGUUACUGGAGACGAAGCCAAAGAGGCUCGGGAGGCGGGCCAAGCUUUGCAGGACGAGGUGGAGUCAUUGGCAGCCCGUAUAGGUGUUGACAACACCCUUUCUCUAUCAGCAGCACAGAGGCUCUCCAAAGAGUUCGGCCUCCUGACGGAAGCCGUUGAGAGCACACCUAUCCCACAGUGGCAGAGAAGAGAGCUGCAGACUCGCCUGAAAGCUCUGCAAAGGAGCACCAACACCACCAUCAGAAAACUGGAGAUCAGAGAGGCUGCCCUGAGAGCAAAGGAGCUGCUGGACAAACACUCUAAUAAAACUGUGCUGGUUGACUUAGUCCAGACAGACUCCAUAUCGUUGGAGGCACGGCUGUGUUGUUUAAACGAGCUAUGAGACGCAGUCGAGGGAGAUGAGCAGGCGCGCUGGUUAGGCUCCGUCUGCGGGGCUUUUGAACAAAGCUGCCGAGCAUUCAUCUUGCGAAUCUCCGCUCUCUCCCUAACAAAACGGACGAACUACAUCUCCUCACCCAUACAAACAAGGACUUUUCAACCUCUGCUGCCUUGUGCUUCACAGAAACCUGGCUGAGUGAAGCCAUUCCGGACAGCAUGUUACAUCUGCCGGGCUUUCAGCUGUUCAGAGUGGAGUUAAUGGGGAAAACGAGAGGCGGUGGAACAUGCUUUUACAUCAAUUAAAUUUGGUGUACAGAUGUAACAACGUUAAAGAAGAUGUGCUGUCCUAAUUUGGAAGUGCUCUUUAUUAACUGUAAGCCUUUCUACUCGCCGCGGGAGUUUUCCUCGUUUAUUCUGGUGUGUGUGUAUAUCGCGCCAAACACGUGUUUGAACACAGCGCUGCAACAGCUGGCUGAUCAAAUCACAGACACAGAACAACAAUACCCAGACUUAGUUAUUAUUAUUCUUGGGGAUUUUAACAAAGCAAACCUCACAUGUGAACUGCCCAAAUACAAACAGUACAUUACAUGCCCAACCAGGGACAGAAAUAUACUGGAUCACUGCUACACAACAAUAAAGGAUGCAUAUCGCUCUGUUCCUAGAGCAGCUUUGGGACACUCUGAUCACUGUCUGGUUCAUCUUCUUCCAACCAUCUUCUUACAUUCUUUUUAAAUUGCAAUUAGUGUCUGUGUAUAAAUAGUCAAUGAGUUUGUUAGCUCUCACGUGGAUGCACUGAGCAGGCUAGAUACUGAGCCUUGGGGAGCAGAAAAUAACUGUCAAAAGACCUGCGUAACAAGGUAAUGGAACUUUAUAAAGAUGGAAAAUGAUAUAAAAAUAUACCCAAAGCCUUAAAAAUUCCAGGCAGUACUGUUCAAUCACUUAUUAAUAAGUCGAAAAUUCGGGGUUCUCUUGAAACCAAGCCAAGGUCAGGUAGACCAAGAAAGAUUUCAGCCACAACUGCCAGAAGAAUUUUUCGGGAUACAAAGAAAAACCCACAGGUAACCUCAGGAGAAAUACAGGCUGCUCUGGAAAAAGAUGGUGUGGUUGUUUCAAGGAGCACAAUACGACGAUACUUGAGCAGAAAUUAGCUGCAUGGUUGAAAGAAGCCUUUACUGCACCAAUGCCACAAAAAGGCCCGGUUACAGUAUUCCCGACUACACCUUGACACGCCUCACUGUAAUUUGGAGCGACGAGACCAAAAUAGAGCUUUAUGGUCACAACCAUAAGCACUAUGUUUGGAGAGGGGUAAACAAGGCCUAUAGUGAAAAGAAUACCAUCCCCACUGUGAAGCAUGGUGGUGGCUCACUGAUGUUUUGGGUGUGUGUGAGCUCUAAAGGCAUGGGGAAUCUUGUGAAAAUUGAUGGCAAGAUGAAUGCAGCAUGUUAUCAGAAAAUACUGGCAGACAAUUUGCAUUCUUCUGUACGAAAGCGGCGCAUGGGACACUCUUGGACUUUCAAGCAUGACAAUGACCCUAAGCACAAGGCCAAGUUGAUCCUUCAGUGGUUAGAAAAAGGUGAAGGUUCUGGAGUGGCCAUCACAGUCUCCUGACCUUAAUAUCAUCGAGCCACUCUGGGGAGAUCUCAAAAGUGUUGUUCAUGCAAGAUGACCAAAGAAUUUGCAUGAUCUGGAGACAUUUUGCCAAGACGAAUGGGCAGCUAUACCACCUGCAAGAAUUUGGGGCCUCAUAGACAACUAUUACAAAAGACUGCAUGCUUUCAUUGAUGCUAAAGGGGGCAAUACACAGUAUUAAGAACUAAGGGUAUGCAGAAUUUUGAACAGGGGUCAUUUCAUUUUUUUCUUUGUUACCAUGUUUUGUUUUAUGAUUGUGCCAUUCUGUUAUAACCUACAGUUGAAUAUGAAUCCCAUAAGAAAUAAAUGAAAUGUGUUUUGCCUGCUCACUCAUGUUUUCUUUAAAAACGGUACAUAUAUUACCAAUUCUCCAAGGGUAUGCAAACUUCU